AUGCGCUUCAAUCCGACAUUGGCUUCUGUGGCCUAUCUUGUCUCUGGCGUUCAGGCGCAUUUGCCCCACUACGGGCAUGCGCGAAACGCCAACGCUUUGACCGUCUCUUUGGAGCCUGUGUCUGGGCAAUCGGCUCAAGUCAAUGUCUCUAUCAAGAACGACGGACCUACGGAUCUGAGUCUUCUCAAGAUUGGUACCAUUUUUGACGAGCGACCUGUCAAGAAACUAUCAUUGAAGGACCAGAGCGGCAUGAAAUGA